AUGGCUGCAAUCUUCAAGAAUAAAACAAUUGUUCUAAGCGGCACGUUUUCAGGUCACACGCACGCAAGUUUGAAGUCUUUGGUAGAAACGCAUGGGGGGACCUUUAGUGCGAAGGUGACAGAUGAUUGCACUCAUCUGAUCAGUAGCGCAAAGGAAUUCGAGAAUAACGGGACGAAAAAUAAACAAGCGGCCUCCAACAACGUUGAUGUCGUAUCCGUGGACUGGCUGCUUGACUCGAUUGCGUCGAAGAAAUGCAAGAAGGAGGCUGAUUACCUCUGGUCUACUCUGCGGAGCUCGCAAGCCGCACCAGCUCCCACAUCAAAUGGGACCACUGAUGCCACGCCUGCCGCGAAUCCCAGGCGCUCUGCCCGAAAUUCUCAGGCACAAUCCCAGUCCCAGGCCCAGGCCCAGUCCCAACCCCAGCCACAAUCUCAACCGCAGUCUCAAUCUCAGGCAAAAACCACCAAGAAAGGCAAUAAACGCACGUUAGACGCUACGGCCACUGACACGACCGAUACUGCAAAGGCUGAUAGCCAGCCGCCAGCAAAAAAACAAAAAGACGCACAAAAGACUCCGCCAAAAAAGCAGAAUAUCCUUGUGGAUGCACUUUGCCCGAAUAAAGGUAAAUAUCAUGUUUACGUUGACCCUGACGGUCUUAUCUAUGACGCCGCCUUGAAUCAAACAAACCGGAUGAACAACAACAAUAAGUUCUACUUUAUUCAAGUACUUGAGCCUAAUAACAAGAGCGACAAGUAUUUGACCUGGACACGAUGGGGAAGAGUAGGAGAAGACGGGCAAACCUCUGCAUUCAACGGACUGGACUUGAAGAAGGCCAUAGCCACUUUUGAGAAGAAAUUUAGAGACAAGACCGGCCUAGCCUGGAAAGACAGAUUUGAAAACGCAAAAGCCGGUAAAUACAUGUUCCUCGAGCGCGAUUAUGAAGAGACGGACGAUGAAUCUGAAGAGCAGCCCAAGAAGAAGGCAAAGACUUUCGGCGAAGAGGAUGCCGAAGAGGAGAUUGAAGUGAAAACCGCUGAAUGCACGCUUCCUUUGCCGGUACAGCACGUUGUUGGCCUUAUUUUCAAUCAAGCCUUCUGGGCGAAUACUAUGGCAACCAUGGAUUAUGACGCGAACAAACUACCGCUCGGAAAAUUGAGCAAGCGGACUCUCCAAAAGGGAUUUGAACUCCUAAAACUCCUUUCGGAUAUGUAUUUUACAGUGAUACCGCACGCUCUUGGUCGAGGCCGUAUACCCUUGAUCAACAACGAGCAGAUGAUCAAGAAGGAAAUUGGACUUCUCGAGGCAUUGACCGACAUGGAGAUAGCAAACGAAAUCUUGAAAGGCUCGAAGAAGAACAAUUCGGUUGACCCUGUUCACGUACUUGAUCGGCAGUUUUCCGGCCUUAACUUGAAGGAAAUGGAACCUUUUGAACGGCACGGUGAAACCGACCGCUACCUGAACUCACCGUACGCCAACAUCCGAAACAGCAACCGCCGCCUCUUAUGGCAUGGUUCGCGUACCACCAACUUUGGUGGUAUCUUAAGCCAGGGGUUGCGCAUUGCACCCCCCGAAGCGCCAGUGAACGGUUAUAUGUUUGGCAAAGGUGUUUACUUUGCAGACAUUUCCAGUAAAUCCGCCAACUACUGCUGUGCCUACAACAGUGAUAACACAGGCCUGUUACUCCUUUGUGACGUUGAACUUGGCAACCCGAUGUUGGAACUGAACAAUAGCAAUUCUGGUGCAGCCGAGCUUGUUAAAAAGGAAAAUAAGUUGGCCACAUUGGGCAUGGGAGAGGUUAUUCCAUAUGGCUGGAAGGAUGCUGGCUGCGUGCAUGAGGAUCUUGCAGGUGUGCUGAUGCCCGACACCACGGGUGCCCCCCGCAACCGCGAUGAUGACGACGAGUACCGGUGUCUUCGUUACAACGAGUACAUCGUUUACGACGUGGCUCAGAUUAGGGUCAAAUACCUGUUCUGCGUUGGGAUGUAG